AUGCGCUUAUUGUGUUCCAUAUCGAUAUUGUUUUCAUGGAUCGCUUCGUUCACGUGUGCAUAUUUCAUUCAUAUUGAUGCGAAUGAAGAGCAAUGCUUUUUCGAUCGUGUCACAUCCGGUACAAAGAUGGGUUUAAUGUUUGAGGUGGCAGAAGGAGGAUUUUUGGAUAUUGAUGUUAAGAUCACAGGACCAGAUGCGAAAGAAAUCUACAAAGGCGAACGUGAAAGUUCAGGUAAAUACACGUUUGCAGCGCAUAUGGAUGGUGAUUAUACGUAUUGCUUCAGUAAUCAAAUGUCCACGAUGACUCCCAAAGUGGUGAUGUUCAGCAUGCAAGUUGCUGAGCCGGGACAAGAUGUUGGUGGUGCGCAAGAUGCAGCUGAAGAAGGCAAGAAGCUUGAGGAAAUGAUACGUGAGCUGUCAACAGCGCUGACAUCCGUGAAGCAUGAGCAAGAAUAUAUGGAAGUCCGUGAAAGAGUACAUAGAUCAAUAAAUGAGAACACCAACUCUCGAGUGGUUUUAUGGGCUGUAUUCGAGGCAUUAGUGCUCGUCUCGAUGACCGUUGGCCAGAUCUUCUAUUUGAAACGUUUCUUCGAAGUACGAAGAGUCGUAUAA